AUGAAAGCUUUCGAAACUUUGCGUGAUAAAAUGAUAUCAAUAUUUCAAAAUGUGAACCUAAAAUCAGCAGCGCUUUCAACACCCAUUAAAAAUUUCCUAAUUAUACAACAUCAGUUUUUAAUGCUUUCAUAUUUAUUCGAAUAGAAAAAUAAUUCAUUUUUUUACAUUAUUGCUAUUACAACAAGACCAUAAUUACUCUUAAAUUCUAAUAAUAUGUGUUAUGUAAUGUUACCAAUUCUAAUUUUAUAUCUGCUCAGUAUUUUUAUUAAAAAAAUACCAGGAAGAUAGAAGAUUUUAGUGAUAGGAUAGUUAUUAAGAGUAAGUGUAUAUAAUUUAUUUUUUGAAAUUUCAAAAGGAGAAUUGUAAUUCAUUAUAUAAAUCUUGCUAAUUAUUAUCAGUACUAUUGAUCUUUUAUUUAUUUUGGGUACAUUAAACAUUAGAUAAAUGAACUUCUCUUAAAUUUAAAUUAACUAUUUUUAAAUAGCAAACCACAUUUUAAAUAAUUUAAUACUGAUUUUCAAAUAGUAUUCUAAUAAUACUCAUCUCCUUAUAACUAUUUUAUGCUUAUUUUAUUCAAUAAAUGGAUUUCUUAAUUAAAUUGUUUACUCACCAAUAAAAUCGACAAAACUUCAUCCUUACAUCUUAUACCCUCAUCUUAUUGCUAUAAUUCAAUGUGUUCUUUUUUUUACAGAUAUCUAAUUAUAGGAAUUUCCAAGUCUGAUUUUAUGUAUGCUUAUACUUAAACUUACAUAAAUUUCAAGUUCAAAUUAAUUGAAAUUUCCAAUAUAGAAUCUAGAUACAUUAUUAUUAAUUAUAGGAGAUGGUUAUGUAACAUAAGAACAUAUAAAAAUUAUAAGAGAUAAAAAAUUAAUAUAAAAAGAGUAAGAUAAGAUACUUUAUGCAACUAUUAGAAUAAAAUAAAAACAUUAUUAUGAAGCAUUAUGUCUAUUAUACAAUUAAAAAAGUUCAAAUUGGCUUAAUCAAAUAAAAAAAACUAUAAUUAUUGAUGAAUGUCUAUAACAAUUAGAGUUUAAGAUAAAGACAUCAUCAAAAUUUGAUUAAAGUGUUGCUUUGGCUGUUGAAUAAUUGAUGAAAAGUGAAGAUAGAAAUUUUAUCAUUUAAGAAAAAAUAAUAGAAAUAAUUAAAUAAAAAUAAGAUAUUUAAAAAUCUAUUACUGAAAAGGAUUUAAAAAUAUAUAAGAAACUUAUGAAUUUUGUAAAUAAAGUACAAGAAGUAAAAAGGAAACUUGAAAAAUAAUAUUCGUAAUUUCCAAAUUAAAAAACUUAGGCAAUCCUAUGUUUUUUAUAUGCUGAAAUUUUAAAUGAUUAUAUAUCAGCAUGCAAGCUUUCUGUUAGUGCAUCAAAAUAAGAAUUAAUUAAAUUUCAAAAUCAUUAAGCGAUAUUCAAUAUGUUCAAUUCGAAAAUGAUAUAUUUUAUAACAGAUUUUGAUUAACAAAGAUUGAUAAUUAAAAGAAUGUCUAGCAAUACAUCUUAAUUGUUAAAUCUUAGAUAUGAUUAAUUAAUCAAUAAAGAAAUAGAUUUAUUAUUACCAUUAGGAAUUAGAGAACAUCAUAAUGAAAUGAUAAUGAAUUUUUUAGAAGAGGGGAUAUCUAAAUAUAUGAGAAAAGUAGAUUUAAAAUAUUUUAAAUCCCAUUAAUCAUCCUAUUUAAUAACAGCAGAUUUUACAUUAGAUAUUAGUUUCACUAAAUCUUCUUUAAAAUUUGUAACAUUCUUAUAACCAGUCCUUAAUUAACCAAUGAUUAUUGUACUUAAUUAAAAUAAAAUAAUCACAGAAUUCAGUGAAAAUUUUAUUGAAACUUUAAAUGAAAAACCUGAAAAUAUAUUAAAUAAGCAUAUGAAUUAAUUUUUACCAUCAAUUGAUACUAUAGAAUGUAGUCAAGUUCUAGAAAAUGUUGAAAUGAUAUCUCAAUAAAGUAGUUAUAGUACUAUGAAAUCAUAUUCUAUUAUUACAACUGUCAGUGUUAAAAUAAAAGAACUAAAAGGUAGAAUUAUUUAUUACUUAUUAACCUUUCAAUUUAUUAAAAAAAUGAAUCAAAAUUAUACUUAUAAUUAGAUGAUUUAGAGUUUCUCUAAUGGCGUUUUAAGCUAAGAUAAAACAGAUCCAAAAACUACUGAAAUAAAAAUCAAAGUUGAAGAUGAUAGAUUAUCUGAAAUAUUUAAAGAAGAAGUUAAUGUAUUUAAACCUUAUGUUAUGGAUGAAUAAAAUUAAAAACAUUAAGUAAAUUCUACUUUUUUUUAAUUUUAAUAAUUUUCUAAUAAUUAUCUUUCUAUUACAUAAGAUAAAUAAAAAAGAAAUCUUUAACCUACUUAAACUUUACAAACUAAAAGUUAAAAUAAUUCUACUUUGAUUAGUCCAAAUAAUAGUUAAUAUUAUGAUCAAUUACUAUCUCAACAAUAAUAGUAUUAUUGUAGAAAUUCUUAAAAAUAACUUUCAUAUGUAAAAGAGGAAUGUAGUAUAGACAUGGUUAAAGAAAUAUUAGCUAUUAAUGAUAGCAAUUAAGAAGAAGAUUGUAAGAGAUCUUAGGUAUCCUCUGUUUAAAAUUUAAAAUAAUCCUAAAAUUUUAAGAAAUAUGAAAUUUUUAAUAAUGUCAAUAAAAAGUAAUGCCAUUAAGGAUCAUGUUUAUUCUUAAAAAUAGCAUUAAUAUCACUGAUUGCUCACUCAAUUAUUAUUUUUAUUGUAAAAUAUAUUUAAAUUAUAGAUAAUCUAAAGUCUGUAUAGUAGUUUACAUUAGUUAGUAAAAGAUAUUGAAUUACUAUAAGUUAAAAACCAGGCUUUUUAACCUUUGGAAACAUUUUGGGUAAAUAGAUGGAUUAUUUUCAAUUAUAUGAAAAUGAAGCAGAAAUUACUAUUAAAUGAGGAUGAAUAUAAUCAAUUAUUAGUAUUUCCAGAAUAUACGAUACCAUUAUAAUUUUAGAGAUUGCAAAAUAAUUUGAAUGAAAUUGUAAAUAAAAAAGAGUUAUCAAUCUUUAUGUCAUCAAUCAAUAUUACUGUAUUGUAAUAUAUUGAUUCUGAUGAAGGAGAAAUUUAUGAAAUUCCAAUAAGGAGUUGUAUUAAUAUUUUAUUAGAUUUUCAAUAUACAUUAAAAUAAUUUUAUGUUGAAAAAAAAUUACCAGAAACUGAUAGUACUUAUAUCUUUUAUUGUUAUAAGAAUUCAUUCAAUAUUAAGUAAGAAUUUCAAAUUUUAAAUGAUGAUAUAUAUGAACAAUCUCAGAUAAAUUCAAUAUAUAUUCUAACUUAAUAAAGAGUAUUAUAUUUAAUAUAAUCAAUAUUAAUAAUUACAAAUCUUAUUGUUCUUAUUAUUUUAAUAAAAAUUGUAGAAAAAUAGCAUUUAAAAUAUUUAAGAUUAUUGUUUUCAUGUCCAAAAGAGACUUAUUUUUUAGAUAUUCAUAAUUAUUAAUAAUUAACCAAAUUUAUACUAAAAGAUAGUGAUAAUUUAUUCAAGUAUUAGUUUUCAGUUCAUGAAAAAGAAAAACAUUUGAAUAAUUCUAAUUAUACAUUAACAAAAUCAAAAGAUCAAAUGCAAAUUAAAAAAAAUAAUAAAGAUCUAAAAAUAUAAGUAAGAGACUUAUCUGUAAGGAUAUUUUCAUAUCUAAUAGUAUUUCUAAUGUUAAUAUAAGGUACAUAUGUAUAUUGGAUGAUGUCAGAAUAUAUUAUAUCAUAUCAACCAACAGCAUAAUUUUAUAGAAAGCUUUCUGAUGUUGGCACUGAUAUACCUACAAUAUAUUCACACAUUAGUGUAUUGUAUGGAAUUUCUAAUUUUACAUUUCUUAAUUAUACUGACAAAUAAAAAUUCAUUUAUGAAAUUGAAGAUUCUCUAAAUAGAUUAGAAAAUUUCAUUAAUAUUCAAAAUGAUUAAGAAAAGUAUAUAUUGUUAUUAAAUUAGUAUUUUAUCUUCAAAUUUCAUGGAUAAAUACAAUUUUCUUCAAACUGCUAAUCUUUGCGAAUAUAUUAAUGAUGAAAUAUAUGAUAAUCCUCCUUAAAUUUGUAAUCAAUCCCUCAAUUAAAAUUUAUAAAGAGGAAUAUCUUCUGCUCUAAUUUACAUUUUAAAUUCAAUAAAGACAGAAAGGGAUCUAAAUUAAUUUAAUGAAAAAAUAGGUUAUGAUAAAUAUGAAUUAGAAGGAGCUUUAUUAUUUUCAGAAUUCAUUGAAAACCUGAAUGGUGAAUUCUAUGAAGACUUAAAAAAUGUUACAAUAUUAUAAUUAAACUAAUUAAUUGUAUUUUUAUUUGAUAUUUUAUAUAGUUUACAGUAAUUGGUAUAUUCUGUGUACUUAUUUUUAUGAUGUUUUUUACAGUAACUGUUGGAAAAUUGUAUUUGACAAAAAAAAAUGAUGCAAUAAGUUAGUCAAUAUUUAUGAUUCCUUUUUCAGUCAUCUUUUUCGAUGAUUAUUAUGAAUUAAAAUUAAAGAACAUUUAAUAAAAAGGUCUAUAGAGUAAAUAAAUUAUAUUAUGA